AUGCGCAAACGAGUCAGAGAGAGAUCUCGCUCACCUCGUCGACAACGCUCUCGUAGUCCAGGACGCACUCAACGUCGUCGUUCAUACUCUCCUCGCAGUCGCUCUCGUAGCCGUGACGAACAUCGCAGAAACGAUCGCAGAUCUCGAUCCCCAAUGUCGGGUGCUGCAGGUGUAGGUGGUUCUGGAGGGUCAGCUUACGGUGGACAACCACAUAGGACAUACGAAGAAAGAGCUGCCGCUAGAGAACAAAUGAUGAGCAGUCUACGAGAAUCAUCGCAACAAGACCGCCGUGUCUACGUCGGCAACUUAUCAUACGACGUUAAGUGGCAUCACCUCAAAGACUUUAUGAGAUCUGGUCAGUCUGGAGAGGUCCUCUUUGCUGAUGUGUUAUUGCUUCCAAAUGGAAUGUCGAAGGUGGGCGCCUAUACCAUUGUAGAAUAUGCUACGAGGGAGCAAGCUCAGCAGGCAGUCAACACUCUUUCCAACCAGAACCUUAUGGGAAGACUCGUUUACGUUCGAGAGGAUCGUGAGGCCGAACCUCGAUUCACCGGUACACCAGCAGGAGGCCGUGGCGGUUACGAAGGCGGCGGUCCACCAGGAGGACGUGGCGGUUAUGAAGGCGGCGGUCCACCAGGAGGACGUGGUGGUUUCGGAGGUGGUUUCGGAGGCGGCAUGGCCCCUGGUGGUGGAGGUGGAGGUGGAGGACGUCAAAUUUACGUCUCCAACCUUCCUUACACCGUUGGAUGGCAAGAUCUGAAGGAUCUAUUCCGCGGCGCUGCCCGAAAUGGUGCUGUCGUUCGUGCCGAUGUUCAUGUUGGUCCUGACGGGCGUCCAAAGGGCUCCGGUAUCGUUGCUUUUGAGUCCCCUGAUGACGCUCGCACUGCCAUUCAGCAAUUUAAUGGCUAUGACUGGCAAGGUCGCCCUCUCGAAGUACGUGAAGAUCGCUUCGCAGGCGCCCAAGGAUUCGGUGGUCCACGUGGAGGAUUUGGCGGUGGCCGUGGAGGCUUCGGUGCUGGAUUUGGAGGACGUGGAGGCUUCGGCGGUGGCCGUGGCGGAUUUGGCGGUGGAUUCGGCGGAGGCCGUGGCGGCUUCGGAGGAGGUUACGCUGGAGGUGCUGGUGGAUUUGAUGGUGGUGCUGGAGCUCCCGCGGCUGCGCCUAACCCUUUCACCGAUCACGCCACCGCCGGCGCUGAGAGAAGUGAGAUCAUCUACGUUCGCAACCUUCCAUGGUCCACCAGCAACGAGGAUCUUGUUGAGCUGUUCACCACCAUUGGCAAAGUCGAGCAGGCCGAGAUCCAAUAUGAGCCUAAUGGUCGAUCCCGUGGUACAGGUGUUGUUCGAUUUGACUCUGCCGAGAAUGCCGAUACCGCCAUUGAGAAAUUCUCCGGUUAUCAAUACGGAGGCCGUCCUCUUGGCUUGAGCUUCGUCAAGUACCAAACUCCUGGUGGUGCAGGUGAUGCUAUGGAUACCGAAGUCACUCACCUCACACAAGAUCAAAUUAUUUGCUGCGAUCGCACCUACGUCGAAGUCUCCAUCAUUCAUAGCAGCUGUCCUGCCGGGUGGCCGCAGGAGAAAUGUCCCCCGGAACUAUGUCUUUGGGAAGGCUCCAAAGUCAAAUUGAAAAGGGAUUUUCGUCCAGGUGUAUGCUGGAGAUGUCAAGCAACGAAAGAAGGGCUUGAAGGAGAAGCAUACGAAGCCCGGAGACCACUUAUCGAUAAUGCGGUGGUUGUUGAAGGCAUAGAUAUCUGUGACCCUGCAGAUCGACAAAGGAAAGCUGAGCACGAGGGAAACUGUUGGUUCUGCGGCGCGAGCAGCGACGGUGUGAGGGAUUGCGAACAGUGUGAUGGCACGGGGAGUGCACGGAAAGGGAAAAAUAAAUGCGAGAGUGCUCCUGCGGGUCCAGUCAAGAAAAAGCGACGCACUUCUGCCGCUGUCGCCAAAGGAGGUCCCCCCAAGCCUAAGAGAGGCAGACCACCUGGAGGCAGUAAGAAGAAGAAACUGGCUACUAUCGAGGAAGAUGGUCAAAUGAACAUGUUUCCGUCUCUCGUGGACAGUAAUAUCGCAGUUCCGCAAGGAGUGUUCCAUCCUGACAUUCCCGAAUCUUCAUAUGGCAAUUAUUCUUGGGAUUCCGUGAACCAUCACGGAGAUCCUAGCUUGCCCAGCUUUGGUAUGAAUAUGAACAAUGACGAUAACCCCUAUUCGGCACAUUUCAAUACCAUGCCCGCAUUCACAUCAAAUCAAGCACCCCUUCAUCAAUACGGCACCAUGACAGAUUAUACGGUGAAUCCCCAUGAUGUGGAGCACUCCACUAUGGCAUAUCAAGACCAUCUCCGCCCCUCCAUCGAAUUUGAUCACGACGCAUCACAUGGUGAACGCAGGAUUGGCGACGUCGGUGAAGGAGUGAGGUCCGACAAUGUGGGCUCAUCUGAGAACCAGUUUGCCAACUUUCCCACGGUUAUCGAUCAUAGUCAUCAUGGUCUCUAUCUGAGUCACGAUGAGUGGCCUUCCUAUCAUCACGGUUUGCCAUAUACUUCAUCUCGGGAUACAAACAAUGGAGGUUUUGCGCCAGAUAUUCAUGAUACACAUGCAGAGAUGUUGCCCGUCGCACCGAUUGCCCAGAUGACGAUGGAUCGAUUUAGUCCACAGCCACGUUAUUUGCCCAGUCCCACUUUAUCGGAAGCUCACAUUGCUCAACAUGCUCCUCAAAACACGACAACAGGAACUUCGGCUCCGGUUUCAUCUUCAGCUCCAGCUCCAGUUUUAGCAGCAGGCAUGGCUGAUAUUGCAUCUCCUUCGGUUUCACGUCUCCCAACUCCUCCAUGA